AGCUGAGGGUGAAGCCCAGUUCACAGGGUAGUUCUUUGGGGCUGCUUAAGUGGAUAUGAGGAAUUGUCCCCAGCCACCUUGUAGAACCGUUUCCAUAUCCCUUAUAGAACCGUUGAUGAKGGUAGGACACUGACAGUACGUUGUUCAUUAAAGCCUUUGAUAUUUAAGCUCAAAUGUGCUUGUAGGGGUACAAUAAGGGGCACAGCAAUCCUCUUGGUGCUGUUUGUGGGAGGCCCURUGUGCCCAUCCAGACCUGUGGGAUUGGCUGUGUCAAUGUGUGACCCCACAUGUUCUCUGUUGGCUCCACUGCAUGGAGGCUUGGGGGCUUGGAGCUGUGGCAGCCUCCUCUCUCACAGGCUGCUGGAUCAGGCAACACCUGACAAUAGUGAUGGAGGGGGAAAGCCCUUUCCAUGGUGCCAUGCCCUGGGUGUGCCCUCAGAGGUUGGUCUGAGGGUGAGGGGUGUGAGAAAAGGCUCUGGAGAUGGGGGMAAGGAUUCCAGUGUGCCCAUGGAUGGGCCUAUGGCAAUGCGACCAACAUUGUCCUGGAAAAUGUGAGCCAGGCCGGAGCCACAGCGUGGGCAGGGCUUGCUCUCCACUGGGCACUGGUGUGGCCAGUGCAGGCUAUGGAGUCAAAUGGACCUGAAAGGAGACUCUCCAAGGAGAGAUGCCAAGGAGAUGCCAAGAAUGAGGCUGAUGGAGGUAGAGGCGGGUUAGACAGGAGACAGGGCCAGAGGAGGUACCCAGAACAGGAGGAGAUCAUAGGGCACCCUGCUGCMAAAACUUCUCCUUGCCCAUGAUGUCUCCAAGGGAGACCAAAAGCACUGAAGGGGGAAGAAAGAAAAUAGUAGAAAAGGGUCUAGAAGGAACCACAAGGGUCCUAGAAAAGUCCAGCUUUCUCUUUUUCCGCUGGUUUACACCUGUAUAAACCCCACCUACCCAGCCCUGAGCCUUCCUUGUUUUUCCUGCAGGGGCCAGCUGUGGCAGAAGUUCAGACACAGAGGGAAUAGGACGUGCUGCCUCCAGCUAACAGGAGGGCAGGGAGCUACAAACACUGCCACCUUCAGAGCAGGACCCUUGAACAAGCUGCCACAUGUCCCACGUAGCCCCAGUGCCACAAUCCAUCUGUUCCCUUCUCCCACAUCCAGAGAUGCAAGCGACUUCCCCUGUUUAAUUAGCCCCUUGUCAUUGCCAAAGGGAGCUCUGCCUGCAUCACUGGCCAGGCCAGAGAAGGUGCAGCUGAGGUGCACCUGGCCCCAUGUGAGGGAUGGAAGGGAGCAGCUGUUUGGGGUAAGGACCAUCGGUUCCUCCAGUGUGGGGCUGGGAGGGCCUGGAUGGAUGAGGAGCAGAACCAACCCUGUUGGGUGGGGGGGGGAUAUGUUGCAUCCAGACCUUCAGGGAGGAGGUAUUGCUGUCCCUCCUGCAAUGACAGACACUACAGGCCAGGAAGACAACACUGGCCCUGAGAAGGCCAAAAAGGAAGUCAAGUUCCUUCCCUCCUAUUCAAUUCUGUUGAGCCACCACACUUGCGGGUUUGUGGUUGCGAAACAAUCCCCUAUUUCACAAGGCAGAGAGGAAGCCAUUACCCCAUCAAGUGACCGGAACUAAGAAAGAGAAACAAAAAGUCCUAAUAGCUUUUCCCCCAAAGGUCUGCAGGAUUCUAAGACCUCAGCAGUCACAGGGGCCCAGCCCUGGGCAUGUGACUGGGACAUUGGGUUCCAGUUCAACCAUCCCAGCCCUGCAGUUGUGCUACAGAAACCGAAGCAGUGGGACAGAAGGUGGCUUAUGGCAACAAGGUCGUAUCAGGAGCCACAAGAAGCCACCCAGCUGCUCAGUGCCUGUGGCCAAAACCUUCCUGCAAAGAAGCCCUGCUUGAGCCAAGUACAGAGCGAACCAAGAGGGACAUGAUGCUGCCUGUGACCCAUGUGCUGGCCUUUGGUGGUUGGCUGGUGACACACAGCAAGGCUAUACUGAGUGCCCCCACAAUCUCCAUCUUCCUGAAGCCACCUGGAGUGAUCGCACCAGGAGGCUCCACCACCAUCUGCUGUAUUUGCCAGCAUGGCUAUGGGAAAUUCGUGAUGUACAAGGGCGGCGCCCAGCUCCAUAACCUGGAGUGGAGUGGAAGCAGGGCUGAGUUCUYCAUCUCUAAUGCCACCGUCAAUGACAGCGGUACCUACUACUGCCACUACCUGGAGGGAGGCACUGUGCUGGCUCGCAGUGAUGGACUGGAAGUCUCUGUGACAGAGCUCCGUCUCCCCAGACCCGUCCUCUCUGUCCUGCCUGGGCACAAGGUGACGGUGGGAGCUGACGUGAUGUUCCGCUGCACCACCACACAGCCCAGCACUGGCUGUUACCUGUACCUGGAGGGCCAGUACCGAGCCCAGCUGUUCUCAAGKGAACAAGGUGACUACAACCUCUCCCACGUGCAGGAAGGUGACAGCGGCCGCUACAGCUGCCAGUGCUACACUGGGAAUCCUCCAAUAGAAUGGUCUGUUGUCAGCAAGGCCCUGGACUUGGUGGUGAGAGAUUAUACGCUGUGCAACACCGUGCGCCUGUCGCUGGGAGCCGGGCUGUUACUGCUGCUGGGGCUCAUCACGGCGGAGGCGGCGCGGAGCCGCUGCUGCCGGGGCCGGAGGGGGAGCGCCCUCCCCGCUCGCAGCGCUGCACCGCCCGGCACCGCCGCGGCACCGCCGGGGUUAUUGGCCCGCAGCGCCUAGCGCUGGGAGAAAUAAACCAUCCCUUGUCGCGGCUCCUGUCCCUGUCACUUUCCCUGUCCCUGUCCCUGUCCCAGUCCCAGUCCUAGUCCCUGUACCAGUCCUGUAGCUGUCCCUGUCCCGGUUCCUGUCCCUGUCGCCGUCCCUGUAGUGGUCCCGGUCCUGGUCCCGGUCCCUGUCCCGGCUGUCUCGGGUCCCGUGGGGCGGGCGGCACAACCCCCAGGAACGCGCAGAGGGGCGGGGCCUUCUCUCCCGCGCGGCGCAGUGACCGCUACACUGGCYGCUCCUGCCCCUGGCCGCUCCUGCCCCGUGCA